AUGACUAACUUGAUGAAUCCAGGUUUAGAUCAGAUCCAUCGAAGGCUUGUUGAGCUUCAGGCCAGCCGACAGACUCAUCCUAGAACCGGAGCAAGGAGAGAUCGCCCAAGGAGGCACAACCGGUCCGAUGAUGAGAUCCAAGAGGAGGAUUUCCAAGAGGAUGAAGUCAGAUCAGCCUACCGACCUAGAAGAGGUCAUAGAAACCGAGAGCAAGGUGAUAUCAAUCAAUUUGCUAGAACUGAUCGUGUUGAUGAUAGCUUAGGAGGAUUGAAACUGAAUAUUCCAACUUUUGAUGGUAAAAACGAUCCUGAUGCUUUCCUUGAGUGGGAAAGAAAGAUUGAACUUGUUUAUGAUUGCCAAAACUUCUCUGAUCUUAAGAAAUAUGAUCAAGUUGUGACUCACAAGAGGAGAACAGGUGAAAGACCAAUUGAGAUAUGGAAUGAGCUUACCAUGCUGAUGAGGAGACAAUUUGUGCCUACUCACUAUCACUGUGACCUCCACCAAAAGCUGAGACGUUUGCUUCAAGGUACCAAGUCCGUGGAAGACUAUUACCAAGAGAUGGAGAUCUUGAUGAUCAAGGCAGAUGUGGAUGAGCCUAAUGAUGCCACAAUGGCACGAUUUAUUUCAGGUCUCCACCGCGACAUCCAAGAUUGUAUGGAGCUUCAAGAGUAUGGUAGUGUUGAGCAGAUGUUACACAAGGCAAUCUGGAUUGACCAGCAAGUCAAAAGGAGGAGUUACUCAAAACCGGCCAUUGCUUCAAAACUGGCCUAUGCUCCUAAACCCAGCCAUCAAGACAAAGGUAAGUCUUCUACCACAACACAUAAUGCUUUUAAGACUGAUGUUCCUGCUCGUGUUGACAAAGGAAAAGCAGUAGAGACUUCUGGACGUGCAAGAGACAUCAGGUGCUUCAAGUGUCAAGGUCUAGAACACUAUGCAAAGAAUUUUCCAAACCAACGGGUGAUGAUUCUCAUGGAGAAUGGUGAGGUUGAGUCCGAGGAUGAAAAGGAGGACAAGGAGGAUCUGGGUCCUAUCUUUGAUGAGGAAGAGGAAGCCUUUGACUAUCCCCAUCGUGGACCAUUACUUGUUGCUAGGAAGACCUUGGAUGAUCCCAUUUUCGAUGAGGAGGACGACCACUUGGUCAAUUGCUUUGGACCGUCCUUUGAUGCUGAUUCUGGUCCUAUCUUUGACGAUGAGGACAGGCUUGAUUACCCAGCCUUCGGUCCACUUCUUGUCACUAGAAGAUCCUUGAGUGUGCAGCCCAAAACUCACAACAAAGAACAAAGGGAGAAUCUCUUUCACUCUCGUUGUUUAAUUUCUAAAAAAGUUUGUUCUUUGAUCAUUGAUGGAGGUAGUUGCACUAAUGUGGCUAGUGACACCCUUGUAAGGAAACUUGGGCUUGUUACUUGGCCUCUUUCUCGUCCUUUCAGGUUGGAAUGGCUCAAUGAGGCUGGCGAGCAGUAUGUGGAGGAAGAAAUCACAGUCCCCGUUACCAUUGGACGAUAUGAGGAUGAGGUUGUUUGCAAUGUUCUUCCUAUGGACUCUUGCCACAUUCUUCUGGGCCGUCCAUGGUCUCUUGUGGCUUCAUCUUCUUCUGACCUUGCACCGGAGAUUCCGAGUGAGCUUCUAGAUGUUUUGCAGGAUUUUUCUGAUGUUUUUCCAGAUGGGAAUCCCAAGGGAUUGCCACCAGUACGAGGCAUUGAGCAUCAGAUAGAUUUUGUUCCAGGUGCAUCUCUACCAAACCAACCAACUUAUCGUACCAAUCCGGUAGAGACCAAGGAACUUCAAAAACAGAUUGGUGACCUUCUUGAGAAAGGCUACAUCCAGGAGAGCCUCAGUCCUUGUGUCGUACCAGUUCUCCUUGUACCCAAAAAGGAUGGCUCUUGGCGCAUGUGUGUGGACUGCCGUGCCAUCAGCAACAUCACGCUAUCACCAGAUUAG